AUAUUUAUAGGUGACUUUGGGGCAGGAAAGGAGAAGAAGGGUGAUUGUCCAUUCUGUAUAUUAGAGAAACGAAUUGCUCGCUCUUUGAGUAGUGAAGCAGUUUCAGAUGCUCCCGUAAAGAUAAAUAGCUGUCUGCGUAUUUAUGCUGAGCAUUUUCGCACGGGGAGGCAAGAGGAUGCACAUGAAUUUUUGCGUUAUGUGAUUGAUUCAUGCCAUAAUACCUGCUUAAGAUUAAAGAAGUUGCAGCAGCUACAGCGUGGGAGAAAUGGGACUGCCAAUGGUGGUGAUAUUGCUGGGGCUGGAGAAACGGUGAUCAAGGAGAUCUUUGGAGGGGCAUUACAGAGUCAAGUAAAAUGUUUGUCAUGUGGGGCUGAGUCAAAUAAGGUGGACGAGAUAAUGGAUAUAAGUCUGGAUAUUUUGCAUAGUGGAUCACUCCGAGAAGCUUUGCAGAAGUUUUUUCAGCCUGAGGUCUUGGAUGGAAAUAAUAAAUACAAGUGUGAUAAAUGUAAGAAAUUGGUCGCAGCAAGGAAGCAAAUGUCGAUUCUUGAAGCUCCAAAUGUUCUUGUAAUUCAAUUAAAGAGGUUUGAGAGUAUAUUUGGUUCGAAGAUUGAUAAGCCCAUUGCAUUUGACGAGAUAUUAGUGCUGUCAAGUCACAUGAGCAAAGGAAGCAAGGAUCAACACCCUGAAUAUAACCUCUUUGGUACUGUUGUACAUUCAGGUUUCUCUCCCGAUUCUGGGCACUACUAUGCAUAUAUCAAGGAUGCGAUUGGCCGCUGGUACUGCUGCAAUGAUACUUAUGUUUCAGUCUCAACCCUGCAGGAGGUUUUAUCAGAGAAAGUGUACAUACUUUUCUUCUCCCGUGCAAAACAGAGACCCCACACUCGGGUUGAUGCAGUGGUUAAUGGAUCUAAGAAACACGAGUCAAAUGGCAAUAAAAUAUCAACAAUGCCAAAAUCUGGUUCUACUGAUAAAUCUGUUUGUAACAAACAAAAUUCCAAUCAUCUUCAAGAGACCAACAAGUCAACUAAUGGCAGUGGAUCCUUUAUCCCGAAGUCAGGUUGUGCAGAGAAACCAUUUAGCAUGAAAAUUUCUGCCAAUCAUUCUAAGACUAACAGGUCAAAUAAUAUCCUUACGACCAAUGGCACUAAGACACAUACACGCCAAAGGUCUGAUAAUGUGGAGACCCCUGCUAAUAUGGGAGAUCUAUCUGAUAACCAACCUGAGACGAGUAAUAUCACUUCACUUGAGUUAAGUUCUUGCAACUCAACUGAUGGACAAACGUCCGGUGCUAGUGUGAAACAUGUAGACAUUCAAGAGUCUUCAGGCCACCACAGUCAGACAAGUGAUUCAGUUAAAUCUAAGAUUGAUCAUGAGUGUCCUAGUCAGCAGAGAGCACUUAGUGACUCUGGGAGUACCAGUAAGGUCCUUGCCCAUGGGAAUAUGAGGAUUGUCAUUCAUAAGAAAGAGCCCGUGGAGGAAAAUGGACGCAUAGCAGCUUCGCCUACUUCAGUCGAAAAGGAGAGAACUGGGCUGACGAGUGACAGUAAUUGUAUGGGUAAAAUGUCAGCUGAUAUUCAGAGUACAGGGGAAGGUUUAUCUUGUUUGCCACUCAGUAACGGCAACGGGCCUAUGGAGAUGAACUCCUUAAAGAGAAGAUUGCCGGAAGUAAAUGGAUCUGCUCACACGACUGACUCACAAAAGAGUGGUAACUGCCAAGACUUACCCAAUGGAAAUAUUGGGGCCUCUAACAACUCAUGUGUGAAGAGGAAGAUAGAAGAUGAUUUUCCGUGCAUCUUUUUUGCCAAAGAUGACCAAUCUCGUGCAAGGGUUGAAACAUUCAAGGAAUCGAUUGGGAAGGAAGCUUCCAUGAUUCUAAGUUCAUGUGGAUGGUCCGAGGAAGUGCGCAGUUUCAUGCAGGCAACAAAAAAGUUGUGUCAAGAAACAGGGAGUUCUGCACUGAAUGACGAUGAGAAGAAGAGCUUACUCGUUUCACAAGCGAAGAGAGCUUUUCUUUCUAAGGUUCCCGAAUCACUGAAAGCAAAAUUGGUUGAGCGUCUCAAAUCAUUUAGCCAAGAGAAGCAACUAUCUGGAACUUAACCGAGCAAGACAUGCAGUUUUGGCGAGAGUGUAAUCUGUUCACAUUCGAUGAAUAUGAUUGUAAAUAUUUUGCGGAUGCAAACUGAGAUAACCCGGUUGGUUGAGUUAGGCAAGUCUUGCUGAGGCGGCGCAGCUGCACAGUUGGUCCAGAGAGAGAACAAUUCAAUCUUUGUACAAAAUUAUUUUUGUCCGUAGCUCAAUCCUCAUUUUUAUAGACUAACCAGUUUUGAAUACGGUCUGUCGAGGAGUUUUGGAUGUAUUGCAACUUUUAAUGUUAUAAAAUCUACAGGCAUCGUUCCAUUUGGUUUU